AUGAGCGAUUGCGACUGGACUGUGAUUCAAAAGGCCGUGGGGGCCGAAUGGGACGCCUCUAUCAUUCCCGCGCUCUCCGCCUACAUUGAGGUACCGAACCAGAGCCCCGACUUCGACCCCCAUUGGGCGACGAACGGGCUCAUGGAGAAGGCGUUCCACAUUCUAAUCGACUGGGUGAAGGGGCAGAACUUGCUGGGCUUCAGCUACGAGUUCAUGGAGGUCGAGGGAAGGACGCCCUUCCUCCUAGUCGAGAUAGCUGGGACGGAACGGACCAACAACACCGUCCUCAUGUACGGCCACAUGGAUAAGCAGCCGCCUCUCCGUCCGUGGGCCGAAGGCCUUGAUCCGCACAAGGCGGUGAUGCGCGAUGGCAAGCUGUACGGCCGCGGCGCGGCUGACGACGGCUACGCUAUCUUUUCGGCCAUUACGUCCGUCUCGGUACUGCAGCGCCACGGCAUUCCGCAUGGUCGCGUGGUCGUGGUCAUUGAGGCGUGCGAGGAAUCCGGCAGCUUCGACCUUGACUACUACAUGGCGCAGUGCAAGGAGCGCAUAGGCAACGUCGACUUGAUAGUGUGCCUGGACAGCGGCUCCCUCAAUUACGAUCAGCUGUGGCUGACGACGUCGUUGCGUGGUGUGACGGGUGGUGUGCUGAACGUGCAGACGCUGACGGAGGCCAUGCACAGCGGCGUCGCCGGCGGUGUCGUGCCGGACACAUUCCGCAUUGCACGCGAAUUGCUGGACCGAGUUGAGGAUUCGAAGACCGGAACGGUGCUGCUCCCGGAGGCCCACUGCGAGAUUCCAGACCACGUUGCCAAGUCCAUGGUGUCGAUGAAGUCCGUGCCAUUCAAGCAGCAGUUUGCCAUGGCCGAUGGUGUGUCGGCGGAGCCGGGUGACAAUGUGGAGCUGGCGCUGCGAAACUUCUGGAAGCCGAGCCUCACCGUGACGGGCGCCAAUCUGCCGGAGCCACAGAUUGCCGGCAACGUAAUUCGGACGCUCACCUCACUGAAGCUGUCCCUCCGCUUGCCGCCGCUGGUGGACUCCGGAAAGGCCACCCAGGCCAUGGCCAAGUUGCUCACGACGAACCCGCCGUACGGCGCCAAGGUUUGGUUUGAGCCCGAGGUGCCCGGCGACGGCUGCGCGACCCCAGAGCUGAAGCCGUGGCUUUCGAACGCGCUAAACGAGGGCAGCAAGAUGGCGUACGGCAACCCACUGGCGUACCAAGGCGUGGGCUGCGCGAUACCAUUCAUCUCCACGCUCACCAAAAUGUACCCGCAAGCGCAGUUCAUUGUCACCGGCGUCCUCGGUCCAAAGAGCAACGCGCACGGCCCCAACGAGUUCCUGCACGUCGGGUACGCGAAAGGCCUCACGCUCGCCAUCAGCCACGUUGUUGCCGCGCAUUUCCUCCUGGCGCCCCGAUGA